CUCAGCAUGAGUCGUCGCAGUAUAUUAUCGUGAAUUGUAUAAUAUUAAUAAUAAUUCUAUAAUUCUUUUUCCGUUUGUGUCGUGGAGUUGCGUGAUUGUUUUAAUUUUGGGGCUUACCAAAAAAAAAAUAAUAUUUAAAUGGAGUCAAUGUCUCCGCCUCCAGCCAAGAAAAUUCGGAGCAUAAAUGGAGUCAAGAUGAUACAAUGCAAACGGGAAUUUAAGCUGCCGGUACAGUUUCCAAGUAAAGCAUCAAUAAAAAGCGUUAGUACACCUAAAAUAAAGAAUGGAACAAACAAUGCAAAGGAUUCAAGAAGUAUACUAAUAACAAACAACGUAAAGAAAUUGAGAAUAAGAUCACAAGAUGGUAGAGAUCUGGGUGAAAUUCAAGUUAAAUUCCCCACCCAAGAAUUAAACACACCAUUGAAUUCUAAAAUCAUUACCUUAACCAAAUCAGCUCUAAUUUCAAAUAAAAACCAGAAAAUAAAUAAACCUGUAAACUCUUUAGUUGUACCUUCAAAGAAUAUGGAUAGAUCAACAAUGGUGAUGCAGAAACCAAUUUCUCCAAACAAAGUAUUUCUUGCCACAAUCAGUCAACAGUCAUCAGAUAUAGAGAGUAUGGAUGAGAAACAAACUCAUCAACCAUUGCUGUUGAUUAAACCUAUAAAUAAUUUUAAAGAAAGCGAUGGUUUACAAAAUAAGAAAAUGGAAAAAUCCAUUAAAACAAAUAUGUCAAAUAUCAAUACAUGUUUAGACCCAAAGGAAUAUCGGCAGUUAGCAAAAUCGAAAUUUCCAGUGGUAAAAUGUGAAAAGCUAACAAUAUCAAAAAACAAAAUAAACAUUAAUGAACUUAGUGCACUUUCUCUGACAAAAGAUAAUAGUACAUUAAAUUCUUUAUCUAUCAGAGGAAACAAGAUGGUGGAAAAAGACAAUGAAAGUAGUGAAAAUUCGUAUAAUACAAUAAAUAGCAAUAAUAUAGAUCAUAAUGUAAAUACACAAAAAGAAACAAUCAAUUCUGAAGUACCAAAAAUAAUCGGUAAAUGUGUGUAUGAUAAGUAUCAAGAUGAAGGAAAAAUAGGAAAUAAUGUUGUUACUACAUCCAAUAAUAAAAAUAUGAUCAUUGAAAGAGACCUGAAUGAUGCUCGGAAAAAAAAUUGUACCUCGGUGCCUACAGUCAGCAAAAACAUAGACAGAAAAUCUCAAAAUAUAUUUAGUAAUGUAAGUAAUAGUCCAAUUCCCUGUGCGAUUGAAAAGACGUCUAGUAACAAGAAUGUAGAAAAUAAAGAGCCAAAUUCUAAAAACUGUAUUAGCAGUACGAAUAAUGUUAAGGAAAAAGAGUCGUGCAUAGAGGAGAAAUUAUCUCAGCACUGGAAUAUAAUUAAAGAAGCAUUGAUCAGCGUGAAAGACGAAGAACUUCGAGCUAAAGCUUUACAAGCGCUAAUAGACUGUGGAAUAGGUGCAGCAAAGCAUGUUCCAAUUACUCCGCCCGAAAACUUUAAAACGAUUCAUGAUUCUUUGGUUCAAACCGACGUGUUCGGACUCCUUGAAGAGGACAGUUUUUUAUUAGUAAAAGAAGACACUUCUACUUUAGAAAGAAUAAAACAAACGGAGCGCUCGACCGCUGUUAAUUUGACCACGCCGAUAGAAUCAAAUAAUACAUACUUAAAUUGCAUUGAUAACGACUAUCUGCUCCCAAAUCUGACUUUAGAACCGCCCAUGGACGAUAUUAGCGAUAUAGAUAACUUUUUGAAUCAGUCUUUUAAUAUGAACGCGCGCGUCAAUAAAGUGAAACAAAUAUUGGCACCGCCUCAUUCGUUAUAUAAAAAAGUUGCUAUGCAAGUACAAGAAGACUUUCAAAUGUUGCAACAGUGGGACGAUAAUGGAAUGUUGAGUAUACAUAGAGCCGUUCAAAAUAAUAAUCUACGUGAAGUACAAAGAUUGUUGGUAGUCUUAAAAGCCUCGAAAAUUAACAUCGACGUGUUAACGGCAAAUCGCAUGUCAUGUUUGGAGUUAGCGAUCAAAUUCAGUGCAUCUAGGGGUAUUGUACAAGUAUUAUUAGAAGCAGGAGCGAAACCGAUUCCAUCGGAACUUCUACACGAAUCUGCGGUAAUUCUAGCUAGUAAAAUGUCCUCUGCUUUAUUACCAGAUCUAUUGAAGUACGUUACAGACAACAAGUUACUUAAUCAAGUGGAUUCGGCAGGAUUUGCUCCGUUACACUACUGUGUAUUAUACGGCAACUUGGAAGGAGUUAACGCUUUGAUAAAAGCUGGUGCAGAAAUAAAUUUGAAAGAUAAUCGUUCAGGAAGAACCCCGUUCUUCCAUGCUCUAGAACAUCAUCGUGUAUCAAUUGCACAAAAGCUGCUGGAAUAUGGCGCUAUUGCAAACAUACCGAACUAUUCAGGACAAUCUGUUUUGAGUUUAAUAGAUGAUGCAAAAAGUCUUUCUUUGAAAGCUGCAUUAAAACAAAUUAUAAUUUAAUUCCAUUUGUAUCAUAAGGUAACUAUUAAAUAAUAACUUAGGUAAGGAAAAACUAUUUAUAUGAAAACAAGCAUCACAGCAACUAGUCUUGCAUAAUAAAUAAGUAAUGUCGAGGAAUCGCCUCCAAGCAUUUAACUAGGGAGAAAUGGGGGAAUAUAAAUAAGAAGGAAGUAUUGCAAUGUGCAUUAGAAAUGUUUGAAAACUAAUGCUAAUUAGUAUUACAUAUUUAUUUUAUACAAAACGACUAAUUGUAAUAUUUUCAAAACAACCAUAAUUUAAGUAUGUAAUACUUUGGUUUGACAAGGAUAAAUUAUUUGUAACAACACGGAGGAUAAUGAAAACCUACUGAAUUUUAGACUUUUGUCUAUAAUGCUUUUUUUUUACUUUAUUGUUAUGUAUUUCAUAUGAGCGCAACCAAAAUUUCGUAAUAAUUUAGUUUCCUUUAAUUCU